CCAGACUGCUCAACUGGCACAAGUUUGACAUCGAUAUGCAGAAUGUUCUUAAUUUUGUAUAGAGAAUUCCGAAAUCUGUUACAAAUCGACCCAUACUCCCUUACUCCGCACCGCGUACGCCGUGGUGGGGUUCUGAAGACCGACGCCACUCCGGCUAUGGCUCGCUACGAUCCCCACGAGUUUCGGGACUUCCUGGAGCUGAGCACACGUGAGGGGCACUGUCAAGAACUGGACGACAUUUUCCUUGACCCGGAUCUGGACAGGGUGCAGCUGGAGGCCAAGGACGGCACCGAGUGGAAGGGCGACGUGCCGAAGGGCGACGUGCCGAAGGGCGGCGCGCGCAGUCUGCUCAACGCGCUGGUGCUGCACAUGCACCGGCACGCCGGCAUCGCUCCGGUCGCGGGGACUGCGACGAAUGCGAACAGGAGACCCAAAACCUGCGUAAACCCCAUCAUGGACCCAAGAUUAAAACCCAGCCGUGUUUGA